AUGGAAUAUCUUGGAAGUCUUAUUCUUUCUGGUUGCUCAAAUGUUAAAAAGAUUCCUGAGUUUGGGGGAAAUAUGAAGCAUUUGUUGGAUAUUUCCUUAGAUGGGAUUGCAACUGAAAAUAUACCUUUGUCUGUCGAACGCCUGACUAAACUUUCUUCUCUGGAUUUGAGAAAUUGCAUAAAUCUUCUUUAUCUUCCAAGUAACAUUGGCAAAUUGACGUCUCUUCAAAGUCUUCAUCUUUCUGGAUGCUCAAAUCUUGACGCACUGCCUGAAAGCUUUGGAGAACUACGGUGUUUGGAGAAGAUUGAUUUAACUGGAACUGCUAUUAAAGAAUGGCCGUCUUCCAUUGUCCUUUUGAACCUUAAAUCAUUAUUUUUUCGUGGACCAAAAGGGCCGUCACGACAACCAUGGCAUAUGGCUCUCCCUUUUCGAUUAAGGCCAAUGAAGAGCCGUCAGCAUAUGAAUUCCUUCUUGCCUUCUCUUUCUGGGCUUCGUUCUUUAACUGAAUUAGAUCUAAGUGAUUCAAAUCUUGUUGAAGGAGCAAUCCCUGCUGAUAUAAGCUGCUUAUCCUCUUUAGUAUCUUUGAAUUUAAGCGGAAACAAUUUUCAUAGCCUUCCUAUAACCAUUAGCCUACUUUCAUAG